AUAUUGCCUGUAUAUGUAGCCGACAUGGUGUAGUGGUAAUCAAUUCAGACCUUUUCCAAAUUCAAAAAUAAAUAAAUAAGCAAUAUCAUUUUUAUAUAUCAACAUUAUGUCGAAAGGAAAGGGACCUCUCUCAUUGCUGUACAAUGGUAUAAUCAAUUCCGUUGAUAAAGUGGUACCCCGAGGCGCGCGCCCAUUUUGGGAAUCACCGGCAGGUCCAAAAACCGUGUUCUUCUGGGCACCUCUGGGCAAGUGGGCUCUAGUGCUUGCUGGAAUUGGAGAUCUUUUAAAACGACCGCCCCAAAAUGUAUCCCUCAAUCAGUCGGGCACGCUCGCGAUCACUGGGCUAAUUUGGUCCCGUUAUUCCGUUGUGAUCAUACCCAAAAACGACAGCCUGCUGUUAGUAAAUUUAGUGGUAUUUUUAACACAGGGCUUUUUAAUUGCCAAACAUCUGAAAUGGCGAAACGAAAAUCCAAAAAAUGUUGUCUUCUACCAUCCGCACCAUUUUAUACCACUUUGUGACGACUGGUGGUAGCCACGGAAGAUCAAUGCGUUUUUAAUGACUAUGACAACGAAAUUGAAGAUAAAACAUUUUAAUAU